AUGAAAAGAUCUAAACAAACAGGCAAGCACAAAAGGGAUCCAAGGGUUCCUGUUCUUGGUGAACCAGAUUCUAAUAAUGAUGUUUCUGAUGGUGUUGAGAAUGUUGAACAUGAUGGUUCCAUGUCUCCAAAGAAGAAAAAUAUCCCUAGAUCUCAGAAAAAGAAAAUAGCGAGGGAACAAAGGAUGGCCAACAAGGUCUUUCACAGAAAGGAAAAGAAACUUGAAAGAAAGAAGCGAAUUAAAGAAGUUUGUGAUAAAACAAAGGUCAAUGAUGCUGAAUGGGUCAGUAAGAGAGACCGUAAGAAGGCCAUUCAAGCAGGUCUCAAGGUAGCCCUGGAGUCCGGACAGAGGAUCUGUAUAGACUGCAGUCUCCAACAGUGCCAAUCAAAAAAAGAGAUUAGCAAGUUGGCAUCUCAGAUUGGCCGUGUUUAUGGUACAAACAUAGCAGCAGUCAAACGAGCCUUUGAUCUACAUACCAGUGCCAGUAAUCACGAUGUAAAUGAUAAAACAUUAAAUAAGGAAUUUCACAGUGUGUCCCAAGCAUUUCAUGUGUACCUCACUGGUCUCUCAAAGGGAAGUGUCUUAUAUGAUGAGUGUGUGCGGAAAAACGAUGGAUUCGAAAACUAUUUUUUGGAUAUAUCUGAGCUUGGGCAUGCAGACAUCUUCCCACAGAGGGACCUAGUUAUCCUAACUCCAGACUCACCAAAUGAGCUUCUUACAGUGGACCCUGAUAAGGUCUACGUUAUAGGGGGCCUCAUUGAUGAAACUGUACAAAAGAAUGUGACUUUAGACGCAGCUCAUACUACCAGACUCCAGACAGCAAGACUGCCAAUUGAUACCUACAUGACCAGAGGGGAAUCGGGCACAUACGUCAAGAUACUCACUGUAAACCAAGUAUUUGGGAUACUGCUAACGUAUAAAGAGACGUUGAGCUGGUCAAUAGCAUUCGAAACAUGGAUACCAAAAAGAACUGGUCUUAUAUUGAAAACAGAAGUAUCUAACACAACCAAGUGAAUUCUGGAAUACAAGCAACAGAUACUGCAAGAAACUAGUCUACCAGCACAAUGUCACAACCAGCAAAAACUAUUGCUCAACAGUUGAAUUUAUCAGCAGGGUGGACGUUUCGAUAAAGGCAACAAACAAAUACAUGUAAAACCACAAAAAUCAGUGAUGAGAGCAUCUAUUUCAUCAAUGUACAUUAACAUGAAGCAACGUUUCUCCUGUUUUAUUGAUAAUUCAUUGAUUUGCACGGAGCCAUGGUUGGCUGAAUAAUCAUUCCCUUUGCAACAUAUCGUAAAAAAUUAAUCAGAAGUCAAAUUUCACUUUUGAUUUCAGAUUCCGAAUCCUGAUGAUUUUCUAUUAAUGUGAUACCAAUAUCUCAGCCCAUGCAACAUCGUAGACCUUUUUGUUGACCUAAUUUCUGGACACCAUUUCUCAACUCUUCAGAUACUCUACCUUAUAACGGCAAAAAACUAUCGAUUUCUUUUGAUUUCAGAUUUGGAACCUGAGAAAAUUUACUAUCAAAUUGAUACCAAAAUCAUUGAAUUUGGAGAACUUUUUGUUGGCCAACAUGUAUGUCAAUCUAAAAUUUGUCUAGUCAUAAAAUAGGCCGGUGUGAAAUAAAUUAUGGUCCCCCGGGGAUUGUGGUCCACGUUUUUAAAGGCCCUUACUGGCCCUGAUUGUGU